AGGGUGCUUUGGCCUUGGCGGUGGGGGAGAGAGAUCGAGAUCGAGAUCGAGAUAGAGAUGGGAAAGCAGCAGAGCAAAGAGAAAGAGAUGGAGCCGUGUAAGAAAGAAGCAUGCUUAAUCCAGGCAUGUCUCUCCAAGAAUGACUUCCUCCCUCACAAGUGCCUUAAAGUUAUUGAAAUGUUGCAGUCUUGCUGCGAAAAAUGUAAUUACGACUCGACACACUGCGCUUCUCUUUCUGGUCUUCUGAAACAAAAACCCAAAUGAAAAAGGCUGUGCCAAUUUUAUGCAACUUCAUUGACUUGGUGUAGCUAAUGUUCCUGGCAAAUUCUGAACAAGUGAAGAUCAGCUAAAUGUUUAAUAUUGGUUACCACUCACUACUAGGUGCUAUAAGAUCGCUGAUCAAUUUUCUAUGAUUCUUGGUGUUUUGAACUCAUGAGAAGUUUACUGUAUAUAUAUGUUGUGAUAGAUGGGACAUUGGAAGAACAACAACAUUUCUAAUAAAGAGAUGCUACAAAAAUUUUAAUCAGGA